GAAAAAAAAGUCAGAGGAAGGAGGUUCCUCUCCGGAAGGGGUUAGACGGCGCACGGACAAGAUGUCGAGUUUCAGUAAAGCGGCUCAGCAAUGGGCUUCCUUUUCAAAGAUUUGGUAUUUGAUUGAUGCCAAGAUGCAACCACCUGGAAAGAUUGCUACAAUGUGUUCAGUCAGGCUACAGGGAAAACAUAAGCCUAUCUACCAUGCGCUGAGUGACUGUGGAGACCAUGUUGUAGUGAUGAAUACAAGGCACGUUGCGUUCUCUGGAAAUAAAUGGGAACAGAAAGUGUAUUCCUCUCAUAGUGGUUAUCCUGGUGGGUUUAAGCAAGUGACAGCUGCCCAAUUACACCAGAAGGACCCCACGGCAAUUGUAAAACUGGCUAUCUACGGAAUGCUGCCCAAGAAUCUGCAACGAAGAACCAUGAUGCAAAGGUUGCACCUCUUCCCAGAUGAGGUGAUUCCAGAUGAAAUCCUAAAGAACCUGGUGGAAGAACUUCCACAACCACGGCAAGUACCCAGAAAGUUGAAUGAAUUCACUCAAGAGGAGAUUAAUGCCUUCCCAAGACUAUGGACACCACCUGAUGACUACAGAAUGAAGUGAAUACAUUCCCAAACCAGGGCAAAGAUAAUCCACAGAGUUAUUUAUUUUUCACAAUGUUGGUUUGAAUAACUAAAAACUGCUUCAUUCUUUUGGUCUAUCUCUGACAUUGAUCUUAUUUGUUGAAUUCUUGUCGGAAAAUUAUUUGUUUCAAAACUUCAGUUGCUCAAGUUUUGUUUAAUAAUCAAAUCAAAGGAUAUGGAAGAAAAGCAUAUAAAUACUUUGCAGGUUCAAGGCAGGCUGAUGGUGAAUUCUUCCUGGAGUCAUAGUAUUACUUGAAGUUUUGUUCGUUUUUUGGAUGUAUCUUUGGCAAGGCCAGCAUUUGGCACCCAUUUCUGAUUUCCCUAGAGAAGGCUUACUAGACUAUUUCAAAGAGCAGCAAAGAGACAACCACACUGCUGUGGAUCUGAAGUCAUAAGAGGGGCUUAAGUCAUAUUUGAGUAAGGAUGGCAGAUUUCAUUCCCCAAAGGACAGGAGCCAUUCAGCCCAAUCCCUAUUUGCAUGGUCUGUAAACAUCAGCAAACACUUCCCAGCUUUCUUCAUAACAACCUAUUAGCAGGUCCUUUAUUCGUAUCUCUGUUUUAUCUCAUUUCCCCUAAUUAUGUUGUUGAUCUCAAAUACUCAUUGUGCUAGCACGUCCAAUAUUCUCACCACUCUCUGGGUAAAGAAGUUUCUCUUGAACUUACUGUUCUGUUUAUUGGUGAUUAUCUUAUAUUUAAGAGAAAUAAAUGAAGAGAGAAUAAUCUGA